AUGAAUUUACAGCUUGGUAUGGGAAGUGCACUGGAAACCCUAUGUGGCCAGGCAUUCGGAGCCGGACAAGUCGACAUGCUCGGAGUUUACAUGCAACGUUCAUGGAUAAUCCUAACAGUUGCCUGUUUCUGCAUAUUGCCCCUCUACAUAUUCUCCACACCAAUCCUAAAACUCCUCGGCCAACGCCACGACAUAGCUGAACUCGCCGGAAAAUUCUCUCUCCAAGUCAUCCCACAGAUGUUCUCACUUGCUAUCAACUUCCCAACACAAAAAUUUUUACAGGCUCAAAGUAGGGUUGGAAUUCUUGCAUGGGUUGGUUUUGUGGCACUUAUUAUACACAUUGGGGUGUUGUAUCUGUUCAUCAAGGUUUUCGGUUGGGGCACGGCGGGGGCGGCGGCGGCGUACGAUGUGUCGGCCUGGGGUGUGGCUUUGGCUCAGGUGGCUUAUAUUGUGGUUUGUUGCAAAGAUGGGUGGAAGGGGUUGUCUUGGUUGGCAUUCAAGGAGAUUUGGCCUUUUGUGAGGCUCUCUAUAGCUUCAGCAGUGAUGCUUUGUUUAGAGAUUUGGUAUUUUAUGACCAUUAUUGUUCUCACUGGACAUCUUGACAACCCUGUUAUGGCUGUUGGAUCCCUUUCUAUUUGCAUGAAUGUGAACGGGUGGGAAGGCAUGCUGUUCAUUGGAAUCAAUGCAGCAAUAAGUGUUCGGGUCUCUAAUGAGCUUGGAUCGGGACAUCCCAGAGCUGCCAAAUACACUGUGAUAGUCACAGUUGUUGAAUCUCUCCUUAUUGGAAUUAUCUGCAUUUCUGUUGUAAUGGCUACUAGGAAUCAUUUUGCUGUCAUUUUCACUGACAACAAGGAGAUGCAAAAGGCCGUUGCUCAUUUGGCUUACCUUCUCGCCAUAACCAUGUUGCUCAACAGCGUUCAGCCAGUUAUAUCAGGUGUUGCUGUUGGAGGAGGAUGGCAAGGACUGGUGGCUUAUAUCAAUCUCUUUUGUUAUUACGUUAUUGGCCUCCCUCUUGGCUUCCUUCUGGGUUACAAAACACGUUUAAAAGUUGAGGGGAUAUGGAUGGGCAUGAUUUGUGGAACAUUUUUGCAAACAUUGAUCCUUUUGUUUAUUGUAUGGAGAACAAACUGGAAGGAGGAGGUAGCACAAGCAUCAGAAAGAAUGAGGAAGUGGGGUGGUGUAGAAGAUGAAGGAUCUGAGAUGAAGUAA